CGCAACACCGCCACACCGCCAACCAAUUGUCUCAUUAAACACGUCUCACCAAUGAAAUGCUCGGUUCGUCCGCUCUUUUGCAUUCUGCCCAUCAUCGUCUUCCUAGCCAUUCUCAGAUGCCAAACCAUCUUCUCUAAAGGCUUAGUUUCAAUGGAGCUCAUAAACAGCGUAUUGGUUCUAAGUGCAGGUUCAUUAUCCAACGAGACACUGAUAAAAUACGCUGCCAUCGACAUCGGAGAAAAACAAUUAAACCAAGAAAUCCAGAAGAUUCUUGAUGUUGACUUUGGCAGUCAACCAAAACAGCCCCCGUUUUUUCCAUGGAGAUUCAAUGCCCAUGACGUUCGCUAUGGACAGUGGUUGGAGUUCCGAAGGGUUCUGUCCGAUUGGGCCCAAAAUAAGAGAUUUGAACCAAAUAUUAUGUCCGAGUUGACACGUCUCAUAAAGCAUCCAAUCGGCAGGCGUAAUGGUCCAGUGGGCUCCGACCGCCGGUACCAGUCAUGUGCGGUGGUCGGAAAUAGUGGGAUUCUGCUGAACAGUGAGUAUGGCGAGCUGAUUGAUAACCACGAAGUGGUUAUUCGAUUGAACAAUGCGAGGGUCGGAAGGUUUGACAAAAACGUAGGGACAAAAACUAACAUUUCGUUUGUAAAUAGCAACAUCUUGCAUUCAUGUAUGAGAAACAGAGAAUGCUUUUGUCACCCAUAUGGAUCACACAUUCCAAUGGUUAUGUACAUAUGCCAGCCAGCACAUUUACUGGACUACAUUCUGUGCAAUUCGUCUCACGAGGCGCCACUUGUGAUCACCGAUCCAAGGUUCGAUGUGCUCUGUGCUCGAAUAGUGAAGUACUAUUCAUUGAAACGUUUCGUUACGGAAACAGGGAAGGGGUUAGAGGAAUGGAGCUCUGCUCAUGGUGGUGUUUUCUUUCACUACUCUUCCGGGAUGCAAGCUCUGAUGAUGGCUUUGGGGAUAUGUGCGAGAGUGAGCAUGUUUGGUUUUGGCAAGUCAGCUUCAGCUAAACAUCAUUAUCACACCAGCCAGAGGGCCGAGCUCGAUUUGCAUGAUUAUGAAGCAGAAUACGCAUUUUACAGAGACCUCGUCCUUGGACGGAGGCCUAUACCAUUUCUUCCGGACACUUUCAAGAUUCCUCCCCUAACCAUAUAUCAGUGA